AUGAAAACAUUAUUCCAGAUAAUAUUUGUGUGUUACACUUGUUUGAUAUUAUUUGUGUCUUUCGAGUACAGUGAAGGAAAUAAUGAGAGAAAACUGACAAAUCAAAGGUACAAAAGAUAUCUAAGCUUCAGUAAUAUAUCACAUUUCUUUGUCCGUUUCAAUUUUAGAGACAACAUGGUACCAUGGAAUCAGUACUUCGCGCACGCUGUUGGUUUCAAGGUGUCUUGGGACGAACCUCCCGAUUCAUUCCAUCCGUACCAUCAUCUUCACAGACGUACUGUUUACAAUAAUCUGGAAAUAUUAUUAAAUAGAAAUGGUCUUGAAGGAUUUCACUGCGUACGCCGAGCCAUAUGUGACAUGGAAAAAAUAACAAAACCGAAAGGAAUCUAUCAUAAGAUAUUAAAAAUUAUAUUCAAGAAAAAAUCAACAGCUACAGAUAAAUGGCACAAUAAAUCUGAACAAGACUGUGAAUUGUCCAUCGCAUCUUGUCCUUUAUCUCUAUUGGACGUAUCUACAUUUACCGACUAA